AUGGCGCUGCGAAAAGACCGCCAGCUCAAGUACUUUCUGCGCUGUCUCAAGACGCUGCUCCCGCACCCCUAUACCUCCAAUGACUCCAGCCGGAUGACGCUGGCGUACUUUACGCUGGCCGGGCUUGACCUGCUGGGUGCGCUGGGCGGCGAGAAGCCAGUGAUAUCAGCGGCGGAGAGGACGGGCUAUGUCAAUUGGCUGUACCACUGCCAGGUGCCGACGGGAGGGUUCCGCGGCUUCACAGGUGCCAACUUUGGAGAUGAGAAGAGGACGCCUGAGAACGAGUGUUGGGACCCGGCGAAUGUGCCUGCAACGUUCUUUGCGCUGGUGGCGCUGCUGAUACUGGAGGACGACCUGGCGCGGGUCAGGCGGAGCGAGUGUCUGGCCUGGCUGAGCAGCAUGCAGCGUGAAGACGGCUCGUUUGGACAGACUCUGGGACCGGGGGGAAGCAUUGAUGGAGCGAGAGACCUGAGGUUCUGCUGCUGUGCGGCGGGUAUCAGGUAUAUCUUGCGCGGUGAGAACGAUACUGAUAUAGGGAGUGAUAUUGACGCCGAAAAGUUGAUAGAUUAUGUGCAGGCCUGCCAGACGUAUGACGGUGGAUUUGCAGAGUCUCCUUUUAACGAGUCCAACGCUGGAUUGACGUACUGUGCACUUGGUACACUGUCCUUUCUUGCAUGUCUGCAGCCGGAGAGGAAUUUCACGUCCUUGGUUGUCACUGUGCGUGGAUCUGAAGAGUAUGAGCGUCUGAUAUCAUGGCUGGUCUACCGACAGACUACGUUUAUCGAGCAGGAAGAAGCCGAAGAUAAAGAAGACGGCGAAGGUGAGACUGAAGGUAACGGCAAGCCAGUGAUGGAUACACAAGAUCAGAACAAGGCUGGCAUAUCCCUUGACGACGCCAUAGCCUCGCUGCCAGGCCUGGAAGUGGUGUCACCAUCAACGAGCCUCUGCGCCGGAUUCAACGGCAGACCCAACAAGAUAGCUGACACCUGCUACUGCUUCUGGGUCACUGGUUCUCUCGCCAUGCUUGACCAGCUCGGUCUGGUCGACUCGCAGGCCAACCGCCGCUACCUGCUCGAGAAGACCCAGCAUAUGAUCGGGGGGUUUGGCAAGACCGCUGGAGAGCUGCCAGAUCUGCUCCAUUCAUAUCUCGGCCUUGCGUCUCUGGGACUCUUUGGCGAGAGAGACGCAGCAUCAGUAGCAAAAGGAGAAGAACUUGACGCCGUCGACCCGAUGCUGUGUGCCAGUCGACGUGUACGAAGACACCUGGGCUCGCUCCCGUGGAAGCAGACGUGA